AUGGCCGUAGGGAUACCCUUAAGAGACAUGGAAGUGAAAGGUGCAGGCAAGCCCCACAGCAUUGGCAGCUCCGAACGGAUUCAGCUCUCAGGAAUGUACAAUGUUCGAAAAGGGAAAAUACAUUUGCCAGUCAACAGAUGGACAAGACGCCAAGCUAUCCUUUGUGGAACAUGCCUAAUUGUCUCAUCAGUAAAAGAAAGCCAGACUGGAAAGAUGCAUGUCCUCCCUUUAAUUGGUGGAAAAGUGGAAGAAGUGAAGAAGCACCAGCACUGUUUAGCAUUUAGCUCCUCUGGACCUCAAAGCCAGACCUACUACAUCUGUUUCGAUAACUUCACUGAAUAUUUGCGGUGGCUUCGACAAGCAUCAAAGGUUGCAUCCCAACGCAUAAGCUCAGUGGAUCUUUCAUGCUGCAGCCUGGAGCACCUGCCUGCCAACCUGUUUUAUAGCCAAGACCUCACUCAUCUCAAUUUAAAGCAGAACUUCCUGAGGCUAAACCCUAGCCCAUCCACAAGUAGAGCGCUUAGUGAAUUACAAAGAUUCACCAAGUUGAAGAGCCUUAACCUUUCCAAUAAUAAUUUAGGAGACUUCCCACUGGCAGUCUGCAGUAUCCCAACCCUGACUGAACUCAAUGUGUCCUGCAAUGCCCUCAGAAGUGUUCCAGCAGCGGUCGGCGAGAUGCACAACUUGCAGACAUUUUUGCUGGAUGGCAACUUUCUCCAGUCCCUCCCUGACGAACUGGAGCACAUGCAUCAGCUCAGCUACGUGAGUCUGUCCUUCAACGAGUUCACCGACAUUCCAGGGGUGCUGGAGAAGCUGACCGCCAUGGAUAAGCUCUGUAUGGCAGGAAACUGCGUGGAUACCCUCAACCUGCAGGUGUUAAAAAGGAUGCCUCAUAUUAAACAUGUAGAUCUAAGAUUGAAUUCGAUUAGGAGAUUGGAGGCCGAUGAAGUUGAUUUUCUGCAUCACGUGACCCAACUGGAUCUCCGAGACAACAAACUUGGGGAGCUGGACGCAACAGUUUUUAACAAUGUCGAAGUGUUACACUGUGAACGGAAUCAACUGGUAACCCUCAAAAUCAGCGGAUAUUUUCUCAAGGCGCUGUACGCUUCCUCAAAUGAACUUGUUCACCUUGAUGUGUAUCCAGUUCCUAAUUGCCUGGCUUAUAUGGAUAUUUCUAGAAAUCACCUGGAAAACCUGCCCGAGUGGGUGUGUGACAGCAGGAAACUGGAAGUGUUGGAUGUUGGCCACAAUCAGAUACGGGAGCUGCCUGCCCGGUUGUUCUACAACAGUAGCUUGCGCAAGCUGCUGGCAGGACACAACUUGUUAGGAAGGCUCCCAGAUAGGCUCGAGCGAAUGCAAGUGGAAGUCCUGGAUGUGCAACACAACCAGCUCCUUGAACUGCCAUCCAACCUGCUCUUGAAAGCAGACAGCCUGAGAUUUCUUAAUGCCUCUGCCAACAAACUGGAAAUGCUUCCUCCAGCCACUCUUUCUGAAGAAACCCAUAGCAUCUUGCAGGAGUUGUAUUUGACCAAUAACAACCUCACAGACAAAUGUGUACCCUUGCUAACGGGCCAUCCCCACCUGAAAAUCCUGCACAUGGCUUACAAUCGCCUACAGAGCUUCCCUGCGAGCAAAAUGGCCAAGCUGGAAGAGUUGGAGGAAAUUGAUAUUAGUGGGAACAAACUGAAAGCCAUUCCAACAACCAUCAUGAACUGCAGACGUAUGCAUACUGUAAUUGCUCACUCCAACUGCAUCGAAGUCUUCCCAGAAGUCAUGCAGCUUUCUGAAAUAAAGUGUGUGGACCUAAGCUGCAAUGAACUGAGUGAAAUCACACUGCCUGAAAACCUGCCUCCAAAGCUACAAGAGCUGGACCUGACUGGAAAUCCCAGAUUAGCCUUGGAUCACAAAACCCUAGAGCUGCUGAACAAUAUCCGAUGCUUCAAGAUCGACCAGCCUUCAGCCGGCGAUGCUUCGGGAGCGCCAGCGGUGUGGAGCCACGGCUACACAGAAGCGUCUGGUGUUAAAAACAAGCUGUGUGUGGCGGCACUUUCAGCCAAUAAUUUCUGCGACAACCGGGAGGCGCUCUAUGGUGUUUUUGAUGGUGACCGCAACGUGGAAGUGCCAUAUCUGCUGCAGUGCACAAUGAGUGACAUCUUAGCAGAGGAGCUGCAGAAAACAAAAAAUGAGGAGGAAUACAUGAUCAACACUUUCAUCGUUAUGCAGAGGAAACUCGGAACAGCUGGACAAAAACUUGGAGGCUCUGCUGUCCUUUGCCAUAUAAAACAUGAUCCCAUGGACCCUGGUGGAUGCUUCACGCUGACCUCAGCAAAUGUGGGGAAGUGCCAAACCAUUCUCUGCCGGAAUGGGAAACCUCUGCCUUUGUCCAGGUGUUAUGUGAUGAGUUGUGAAGAAGAGCUGAAGAGGAUUAAGCAGCAUAAAGCCAUUAUCACAGAGGAUGGCAAAGUGAAUGGAGUGACAGAUUCAACAAGAAUCUUGGGGUACACCUUUCUUCACCCGAGUGUUGUGCCGCGUCCUCACGUCCAGUCCAUCACCUUAACUCCGCAAGACGAGUUCUUCAUCCUGGGAAGCAAGGGGCUGUGGGACAGCCUCUCGAUGGAUGAAGCGGUGGAGGCAGUCAGAAACGUGCCUGACGCGCUGGCGGCCGCGAAGAAGCUUUGCACUUUGGCCCAGAGUUACGGCUGCAACGACAGCAUCAGCGCUGUUGUGGUUCAGCUCAACGUGACGGAGGACAGCUUCUGCUGCUGUGAACUUAACGGGGUCCCACCGCCCAGCCCAGGCAUUUUCCCACAGUCUGUCAAUGUGGUCAUCAAGGACAGGCCAACAGAUGCACUUGGGAUGCCGUCCUCGAGUAGCGGCAUGGCUUCAGAGAUCAGCAGUGAGAUCUCCACCUCCGAAAUGAGCAGCGAGGUGGGGUCCACGGCCUCUGACGAGCCACCCCAGGUAGCCAUGAACGAAAACAGCCCGGCCUACCCAGGGGAGCAGCGCUGCAUGCUGCACCCCGUCUGCCUCUCCAAUUCUUUCCAGCGGCAGCUCUCCAGCGCCACCUUCUCCAGCGCCUUCUCCGACAACGGCCUUGACAGCGACGAUGAGGAGCCGAUCGAAGGGGUGUUCACCAACGGCAGCCGCGUGGAAGUGGAGGUGGACAUCCACUGCAGCCGAGCGAAGGAGAAGCAGCUUCUCCAGCAGCUUCUCCAGGUGCCAGUGGAAGCCAGCGACGAAGGUAUCGUCAUCAGUGCCAAUGAAGACGAGCCCGGCCUGCCCAGGAAAGCUGAGUAUUCUGCCACGGGCACGAUAGGGCGCCGGCGCGGCAACGGCUCUGUGGCGCCACAAGAGAGGAGCCAUAACUUAAUUGAAGUCGCGACGGAUGCGCCGCUCAGAAAAACCGGGGGCUACUUUGCUGCUCCAGCACAGCCCGAUCCUGACGACCAGUUUAUCAUCCCACCAGAGCUUGAGGAAGAAGUCAAGGAGAUCAUGAAGCAGCACCAGGAACAGCAACAACAGCAGCAGCAGCAGCAGCCGCGGCAGUACCCGAUGGACCACCUGGCAGACUAUUACGACACACCACUAUGACCCACUCUAUUCACUGCUCAGAAAUGAACUAACAAACAAGGAGACUGGAGUGCGGGACCUCCUUGCAUCACAGCAGGAGUUUUCCUUAUCCUUUUUCUUUAUAUACUUCCUUUUCCUUAUCCUGCCACUACAGAGAACUGCAGCUUUUCAGUUUGUUAGGUUUAAUAUUCAUUGACUUUCUUCUAGAGACGCUUGACCGGUAAAGUUUAAAAUAGUUAACCUUCCCUUAACAUAUCAAAUAUAAAAACAAAAAAACAAACAAAAAAAAUAAUAAAAAGGUUUAAUAUAUUGCUGAGAAACAGAUGAUGAUGUAAUAUUUUUUAAAAUGGCUUGUUUGUUUUGUUUGAAAAGCAGGGCAGUGCUAAAUGAUUUAAGUAAUAUUGUAAUACUGUAUUUCUUUGAGAGAAAAGGCUUUUUUUGGUCUUGAAAAUGAUAGACAUUUGUAGAAUAUGGAGACUAACUCCUAGGAGUUGCUUUACUCUUUCAGGUGACUUAAGUCACUGAGAUUCACUAAUUUUCUCUGAGAGAACAGUUGAUUGGGAAAUUCCUGUAAAUAGCUCAGUGUUGUAUAGUGAUGCUUACAUGUUUUGUAGCCUUGGCAUUAAGGACACAACCUGAAAAAUUGACCUUUUUUCUUAAGCGACUCUUUGGGCCAUGGUCAUUGAGCAGAGCGGACUGAGUGGCUGUGUUCACGUUAGCUAGAGCCGAGCUGGUGUAGACCAUUCAAAGAAACCCACUUUUUCCUCUGGCCUCUUUCUUUCCUGACUUUUACAGACACGUUUUGUUUGUGUUCCUUACUGCUGCCACAACCAGCAUGAUUGUAUAGAGCUCAUUUGCUGUAGAACAUUUACAUACCAAGAGUUAUAUUAAAGCCGAAUGCACAAAUGAACAUGUCAUAAUUUUUGUUAUAAUAAAGAUGAAAUUUACACCUGA